CGGCCUUCCAAACUUGCAAACUAUUCCGUUUUCCGCUUCUUCUUUAUUUUUCCUGGUUCUGCCUUGGCUUUGGGUUUCUUCCUUUGGUUUAGAACAUCUGGUCUCGCCGGCAUUGUUUGCUUCCUUCCGUCGCGCUAGAUCCGUCUUAUAUCUGGCCCUACCUGCAGUGCUCGUAUCGUGCAGGCAGCAAUGAGCAAACAGUACUUUUCAACGGGCCAGACGACCGGCGACCAUCCCACUGACAUCUUCGCGGUCGCUACCACCCCCGAAUAUGUGGUCACAGUCACCGGCGACUCAAUCAUCCGCAUUUACGAUGCUCUUAGUCCAGACCAUCAGCUUGCUCGCCAGAUCCACACCCCUCAUCGCACCGGUAUACAUCACCUGUCGGUGAGCAAAGACGCUGAUCUGAUCUCUGCUGUCGGUUUCGAUGGCUCAAUAUCACUUUGGACUCUGAGCGAGGGUAAAGAGAAAUCCAUUAUCUCUGAUACCGCGAAAACUUUCUGGGCCGUGGCUUUUUCCCCAGACGGCAUAUAUCUCGCCGCCACCGCUAUAGAUGGAAAUCUCACCGUAUGGGACGUCCGAGGUGAUGACCCCGAAGUGUGCGGUAAUCUGGAAACAAAGGGCACACCAGGUCUUUGUAUUGACUAUUCAAAUGAUGGAAGAUAUAUUGCUACAGGGCACGAGAAUGGCGGUCUGUACAUAUUCGACACCGAAACAUCACGGCUGUCAUACUCUCUACUUGGCCACACGAGCGCUGUGCGAACAGUAGCAUUCUCGCCGUUAUCAAAACUUCUAGCAGCAGGCGGUGACUCAAAUGUUGUCACGGUCUACAGCGUAAAGUCGAGUGAGAUGGUGAUGCUUUUGCCGGGACAUACCAGGUGGAUCAUGUCACUAGACUGGAACUUUGAGGGAGAGUAUCUUCUUACAGGCUCAUUCGAUAAAUCUCUCAAAGUAUGGUCUAUCGAUCAAAAAGAAUGCGUGGCCACACUAACCGAUGCCGUCGCCGCCGUAUGGAACGUCAAAUGGACCAAAACCGGCGGAACAGGACGAUCACAGGGCUUUGUCAGUGUCGGUGCAGAUAAAGCGCUGAGAUGGUACAGAGAAGCUACUGGCGGUUGAUCGUACUGGCGUUGUUUGCUAUCUUUGCUAUCUAAAAGUAUUUUAUGACUUAUACGCUGAAAUAAACAAAGUCGAUCAAUAAUGGAUAUUCUUCGUAGAAAUUCCUAUGAUAAAUGCGCUCCUCGAAAAAAAGUAGUAUCAUGGCAAAAUCUGU